AUUCAAGAUCAUUGCUAUGUUUCUGGGACGUUCCUGCAACAGGGAUUUCCAAAACUACGAAUCCCAGGAAACCUCAUCGCACUCACUAUUAAAGUCAAUAUGGCCACUGGCAGUCAGACAAAGGCAAAUCAGUCUCGCAACGAAAUUAAAUCAAAAUAGCAAGCUAAGGCCGGGUGCAAGGUUGGCAUUGAAAAAAAAUCUCGUUGGGGAUAUAGCUGGAAGAGGACUUUUCUCGAGGACCAUCUAAGUUGAACUCUGGCUUAUUAAAUGCUAUGGUGGACAGUGGCCCAGGCUAGAUUUUAAGAUAAAGGAUGUCUCACUACACAGAUGAGCCUCGCUUCACCAUUGAGCAGAUUGACCUGCUCCAGCGGUUGAGGAGGACGGGUAUGACCAAACCAGAGAUCCUCCAGGCCCUGGACACCCUGGACAGACUGGACCGACAGCAUGGACAUAAGUUUGGACACCGUUCACAGACGCAGCCCCAAGUUGCCUACCAGGGGCCACCGUCCAAUAGCAAUGCCAAUACAACAUUGUCUUCCUUGUCCAGUAACGUCACAGCCUCUUCAUCCACGUCAACGACCGCCACACAGACUGGUUACCGUGGAAAUGGGAGUGGUGGGAGUAGCCUGUCACCUUCACCUAGCAACAACUAUGAUAUGUCACCGCCCCCGCCAACGGUUGUGUCCGCCCCUGUUGCUAUGGCAGUGGUGGCUCAGAACGGACGUGGGGUUGGUGGCAGCGGCGAGCUGGUUGCCAUGACGAAUGGAAAGCUGUCACCACCCCGUUUCCCAGUCAGCAGCGCUGUGAUGGGGAGAAGCUACGGCUUGGAGGGGAGCGAGGAGGAGUUAGAUGUGGACGACAAAGUGGAGGAACUCAUGAGAAGGGACAGUGCCAUAAUCAAGGAGGAGAUCAAGGCGUUCCUGGGUAACAGGCGCAUCUCUCAGGCUGUGGUGGCUCAGGUCACAGGUAUCAGUCAGAGCCGUAUCUCCCAUUGGCUGUUGCAGCAAGGAUCAGACCUGAGUGAACAGAAGAAGAGGGCUUUCUAUCGUUGGUACCAGCUGGAGAAGACCACCCCCGGUGCCACUCUGACGAUGCGGCCUGCUCCUGUGACUCUGGAAGAUGUGGUUGAGUGGCAACAGACUCCGCCUCCAAUAAGCUCCACCCCUGGGAGCUUCCGUUUGCGUCGUGGCAGUCGCUUCACCUGGAGGAAAGAAUGUCUGUCUGUGAUGGAGAGUUACUUCAAUGAGAACCAGUAUCCUGAUGAAGCUAAGCGAGAGGAGAUUGCCAAUGCUUGUAACUCAGUCAUCCAGAGACCUGGGAAGAAGCUGUCAGAUCUGGAGAGAGUGACAUCUCUGAAGGUCUACAACUGGUUUGCCAACCGCCGCAAGGAGAUCAAGAGACGAGCCAACAUAGAAGCAGCAAUCCUGGAGAGCCAUGGCAUUGAUGUCCAGAGUCCUGGAGGACACUCUAACAGCGAUGACAUUGAUGGGAAUGACUUCACUGAUCAGGGCUGUGAUGUCCCUCUGUUUGAGAAGAGAGCUGUGACCAGGCCUUUUGGUCUCAGCCGUCUAGACCUGUCUUCUCCCACCCAGGUGCCCACCCUGCUCCCCGGCUGGCUGGCGGCUUGGCCUGGCUUGGGCAGGGGGGGCUUUGCUGCCCAGAGGGCCAGCUCUCUGAUUGGUCGUUCCUUGCUAUCGGGGGCAGGUCAUGCCCAAGGGGUGGGGACAGAAGGUUCCAGACUGACGGGUGUGUCCUGGUCUCCCCCCUCCCUCCAGGACGACUCCUCUACCAAUAACAGCAAUGCGCUGGAGCACCAGGACCCCAUCGCCCUGGCUGUGGAGAUGGCAGCCGUCAAUCACAGCAUCCUGGCACUGGCCACGCAGGCGGGGGGAGAAUUGGCCCUAGGCGGUACAGGAAGUGACAUCAAGACAGAGGUGCUGGACAAUGAUUAAGGGGAAGGAAGUCUGAGCAUGAGGGGGGAGGGGUGACAGGGAGGGGGAGAAGGAAAAGCCAUUGUGUGGAUAGAUGUAUGGGACCCAAAUACCUCACACAAAGCAUGGAUGACCCCUGCUUUGGCUUUCUGAUUAGUUCCUUCUCCUUGAAAUCCUGGUGCAUCUGAGUCUAUUGGAUGCCCUCUCUCCCUUCUCCUCUUUUACCUCACAGACAUCUUCCUUCCUCUCUCUUUUCUGUGUAUAUUCUCCUCAGUGUUCCUUGCGGCUCCUUCACAACACUGUCCCUCUCUGUCUGUCCUUAUCUCUGUCUGUCCUUCUCUCUGUCUGUCCUUCUCUCUGUCUGUCCUCCUC